CCUAUUCAGUAUGUAGUAGACAAGAUGAUUUUCUGCGUACCUAUAUAUAAGCACCACGACAGCACAGUUAAUUCACUUUUAUUGGUGACUUCCAAAAAGCUUCAAAAUGAAAGCCUUCAUUGUCUUCGCCUGCUUCUUAGCAUGCAGUACCGCGUUCAGCGUACACAAGCCAGCUCCAGUGAUGGGACAGCGAGAGGAGAUGGAUCUUGCUUUCAUCAAGGAACAUUUUGAUAAGUUUGUAGAAUUCUUGAAACAAUAUGAUCCCGUUGAUGUUGAGAGUCAAACACUUUUUGAUAUUAUGGGAAUGUACGUUAAACUCAACAAGCUCCAUAUCGAAGGUUUCUCAAACAUGAAGGCCGACCUCUCCGUUGACAUCACUUUCCCCCAAUUUAAGGUGAAAUUCGAAUUCGAUUUGCCAGCAAUCUCAGGAUCCGUUGAGAAGUUCGAAUCCACUCUCCCCUUCAUUUUCGGUGAAGGUGGUGCCAACUUCGAAAUGAAGAACGGCCGUGUUUCCGUCGAGAUCGUCUACGACUUGAUGUCUGGUUUGAAACCCACCCAAGUUAUGAGUUCAGUUGAAAGCGCAAACUUCAAAAUUACUGGAUUCAAUAACGACGAGGUAUUGAGCCAAACCAUUACCGAAGCAGUCAAUAACUUCUUCAACAACACCCUUAACAGCGCGGAAACCCACAAAAUUAUUGGAACGGUUGUGGACACCAUCAUUAACAUUGUCUUAGAAGUGAUGAAGAACCAGGGCAACUAAGUUAUACCUGAUUUUGAAUUAUCAAAUUGCACACUUAGUUGUGUGGCAUUUUUUACGCAACUUUGCAUAAUAAAUGUAUGGACUUA